AUGGGCAAGGAUGACUGGUUGAUCGCUUUCGCUCCCAUUACAUUAAUCUCCACGGGAGGCUUCCUCGCGACCAACUAUUUCCACAACCGCGAGAGCACGGGCGAUUUGGAUUAUCUUCUCGAACCCCAGUGGGCGAGCGACAACGAUGUGAAACGGCCGUUGCAGAAUGCGAUGAUACGUACGGCAAACCAACUGGGGUUUACCGAAGACUGGGUCAAUGAUGACAUGGCAUUUUUCAUCCCCGAACAGUCCAGACAAGACUUGUUCGAGAUGGCACACGAGCAGAAUAUCGUUCUCUGGGAGGGGCCCAAUCUACGGGUACUUGCCGUUCCACUGGAAUAUGCACUGGAACGGAAGCUUCGGCGCAUCCAUAAUAGCAGGAAACAUGUCAAGCGAGGAUCGGAUAUCGUUGACGUAGUCGCGAUUCUGAGGCAUCUGCGGAUGCAGAAUGCCGGCCCGUUGAGCAGGGAGCAUAUCCGGACACUGAAUAUCUGUUCAUUUGAGAUGCCGCCGGACAGUGCAACAAUGAGCGAGAUCGCUUCUGCAUACCGGCAGGAGCAUGACGAAGAGGCGUUUGACUAG